AUGAGCCAUCUCAGCAACGGCCAUCACGUUCGAGACGACCAAUUGGUGCGUGGAGUAGAGCCUGUGAGGCAGAAUGCCACGUUCCUGACCCUCUGUCGCAAUGAGGACCUGUACGAUAUGCUGCGCACAGUGCAGUCGAUAGAGGAUAGGUUCAACUCGCGAUACCACUACGAUUGGGUGUUUCUGAACGAUAAGCCGUUCACGGAGGAGUUCAAGGAGGCCAUCACGGCUAUGGUUUCGAGCGAGCAUGUGAGGUUUGGCCAGGUGAGGCCGGAACACUGGUCAGUGCCCGACUGGAUCGACCAGCAGGCCAUGUUCCGGAACAUGGAGUCGCUGAAAUCGCUGGAUGUGAUCUACGGAGACUCUCUCAGCUAUCGGAAGAUGUGCCGGUGGUUCUCAGGGUUCUUCCAGUGGCACGAGCUGGUGCUACCUUACAAGUACUACUGGCGAGUGGAGCCCGGCGUUGAGUACUCGUGCGACAUCAACUAUGAUCCCUUCACCGAGAUGGCGGAGAAGAAGUAUCGCUACGGCUUCGUCAUCUCCAUCCUCGAGUACUAUAUGACGAUUCCGAGCCUGUUCCCGUCAGUCGUCGAGUUCUUCACCAGCAGAGGCCACGAGGGCAGCAUCGUGGCACGGGAGAACACACACAGGUUCAUCCUGGAGGACGAUGGCGCCUAUAACCUGUGUCAUUUCUGGACAAACUUUGAGAUUGGCGACCUGGAUCUCUUCAGAAGCGAAGAGUACACCGAGUACUUCAACCAUCUCGACAGCAAGGGAGGGUUCUUCUAUGAGAGAUGGGGCGACGGCCCUGUGCGGAGCAUCUUCAUCAGCCUGACUGUGCCUCCGCACGAGAUCAAGUGGUUCCAAGACAUCGGCUAUGAGCAUCCUCCAUACCAGCGUUGUCCUUGUGACUCGCCGACGAGGUUGGCCAGUCGAUGUUCAUGUGAUCCGAAACUGGACUUCACGGCGCACGAUUACAGCUGUACUCCACGGUUCCUGAGGGCUCAAAGCCAGGGGCGUUGA